UUUUUUUUUUUUUUUUUUUUUUUUUGCCGCGACAGACCGCGCACAUCGUACAUUUCACAUGCGGCAUGCACCUCUCGGAUCCGGAAGGCGCAUGAAACUGCACAUUAUAGUGGCACCACCGUGCGAAUGCGACAAAGCAAUAGUCUGAUUCGUAAACUGCGCAGGCCGUGCCCGCGUUAUCCCAGCCGUAAGCCCAGCAUUCCUCAUCAGCCUUCUAAAAAAUCCGCCCCCCACCCCCCCGUUCGUUAUCGCGCCGUGAACAGUGUGCGGCCGUUGCAAUCGUCGAGAGGUCUCAGCUUGAGAGCAGCAUAGAUUAAACGGGGCAAGU